CUGUUUUCGGCUAGCCACAAGUUCACAACCUCCGCUUUUCUUAGACAUUUAGUCCCUUGGUAAUUGAGUGGCAAGUAGGUCUCUAGGGCCUGGCUGCCUGAAUACAGCAAUGACAUCCUGAAGGAAUCCAUGUGGUUCUGCAGACAGAAGCAAGUCACCACAUCGAUCAAACCCAGUUGACCAAUGAGGUGAUUGUUUUUUAUCAACAGGAAAUGGGAAAGGUAAGACGAUUCCGAGAAGAUGUCUGCAGAAAAUAAGUUCCUGUUCCUGUUCAGUAAUGAUAAACCCAUUAGCAUAUCGAGUUUUACCGGCAUCAAGUAAAUAACUUACAACCUUGUAACCUUAUUUUUUUAAAGGCUCGCAAUAAAUUUACAAACCUGCAAAACUUUUUUUUAUCGAGUCACUUUCAAUAAGGCUACACAUUACUAUUCUACUUCUGGUGUGACUUAAAUUAACCUCUGCAUGUUAUUUUCUGAUCAGCAGAUAAGUCGAUGAAUCCGUCACUGUAGCUUGGUAGCCAAGCAGGCUGAUAGCCACCUCGCUCACACAAUGCUACUGUAACUGCCAGCAUUCUCCACAAUAUUGGGGUUGUCCCGAAUGUAUCAUGCCCAAUGCCAAUACCAACUUUGGUAGCCAUUGUGCCCUACAGAACAGUUUGUGUAGCGGUUAAUUUACUCGCAACCUUGGCUAGUUUGACCCGGUAACUAACCGAGCCCAUGCCUGACUGGAAGGGCUGAUGGUGAGUUCAAGUUAUGUGGGAUAGUAGAUCGUAUUAACGAUUCCCAUCUCCUCCAUAUUAUUUGAUUGGAUGUAUCGGAGGUUUAAUAAAGACGCAAUAUUCCUCAUUCCAAUCGCCAGUUGGAUGUUUCAUGCGUGAGCGGAUUAUAAAAGAUGUAAAAUAUGAUAUGUCUAGAACUACGAUAUGGCUUGAACGCAGCAUACCUCGAGAUUAAUGCGCCGAAUGCCAACCCGGAGUUUCUUAACAGUUCCAGUGGGAACUUUUAUGUUAUUUGUUAAUAUGGCUACAACAAUAUACAUAUAAAAGCCUUCGUUGUUCAAUAUCAUACUUCAGUGGUACUCGGUGUAUACAACAUAAAUAAUAAACGCAUUAGAAAGACAGACACCCGUGCUUAUCUAACUUAGUAGGAUAAGACAGUUUCAUGGUAAUUAUUAUAUCCUGUUUUUUUGAUACCUUGACACAGUCGAUGGGGUACAUUAAGCAGUGCUCCAUGAUGCCAGCCACGGCUCCAGCUAACAUGUGUGUGGUGGUCGAUACUCCUUGAGGAAGUCCUUCGUAGUCCACGUCUGGCUCGGCAGCAGCUGCACACAGCUCCGGUGGUGUCCGGUGAGAUGUUACAGCAAAGUCCGGUUCCACUCCUACUGACCUUGCCGAGAACCCACUAACUAAUCCACUAGUGUUGAGAAACCGGCCGCCGAGCCACCGGAUCUCUGCACCGGCCGUGGCGGCUGUGACCCCGCUGUCGACGCCUGGUGCUUCCACGGCCAUUCGCCGCGACAAGAAACCGUCCGCUUCCAUUUAAAUAGCUUUAAACAGGUUGGCAAUAUAGCCGGUGCGAAGACUAUGCCAAGACUAUGGCCACCCUGGCCUAGUCUACCGGCGUGGACGAUGGUUUCGUUGUCCUACGGUGAGAUAGAGCAGCCGGGUGCUGACGCACUAGCAAAAGUGGCGCCGUCCCGGUCAAAGCACGACUGCUUCGGGGUUUGGGGGCGGAGCCGAUUGCAGCGGGUAUGGCAGUUCUCGCAAUGGAAAUAAGCUCUCCGAUUGGUCUGAAUAGCUGCCAUUCUUCUAUGAACACAGGAAUGAUAUUGACAAUUGGCUGAAACAUACGUUUUAUCAUAAUUAUAAUAUAAGGCGGGUAAAUAAGUGGGCUGGACUUGACUGAAAGUGGUGCAGCACAGAAGCGAGUCUCCAUCCCUUUAUGUUACGAGAUAGGCCUAACUGACAAAUGACCAAGGUCAUACAAGCGGACCUUGUUUUUAUGGGAAUUAUUGAAUUGAAUUCACAUUGAAUGCAUUGUGUGCAUUUAUAUUAAAUAGUGAAUAUGCCUGUUUAUGGUUUUGAUUCAACUACUCAAAAUUUUAAAUUAAAAGUGAAUAGGAUAUCAGUCAGAUGAAGAGUGAAUUGCUUCAGUGUUUACUGCUAUGCUCAGAGAAACAAAACGCAAAGCUAAAAAACUGUAAAAGUUUAAGCCUUGCUAUUACAAAUUCAAGUUCGUUGUUUUUGGUAACGGAUCUAAAAUGAAUUUAAAUGUAUAAAGACCACAAUUAACUUCAGUAUACGGGUCUAACAUAGGUGAGCCCUGUGUAGAUAUGAAAUGCACAUCGGUACAUUUCCUAUUGGCAAACCUUUAUAUUUUAGUUAGUUUGGGUGACCGUCAGUAUAUGGUUAUAUAAUUAACCCUUACUUACAUCAGUAUGCGACAUGGUAUAAAGAUAUCAUAUAUGUCCACCAGGUGGUGCUGCUCCGUACAGGAGGAGGUGACGUGGCUUGAUGCGCGUCUUUACCGGACAUACGUCACGUAGUAGAGUUGGGCUUUUUAUUUCAAGCGAACAAGAAGAAACAUCAGUAAACGACAGGAAUAAUAACCAUAACCCAUCUGUAAACUAGUGCCGGCUUCAUGGCUGAGGAAGAUGGACCCAAGACCGCUCUUUAACUAUGGUAGCAGGAACGGCCAAUGCGGUCAGAUGAUAUAAAGACGGCUGGUGCACCAUGAGCUGAGAACUGCUUCGGCAGUCACCUGGACCUAUGGCAAGGAUCACGUUCUCCUGCCUGCCAGCCUCCUGGUACUGCAGUGUGUCCCUUCUCUCCCUGGGAUGUGCUCCCCGACAGAGGCUGCUCCUGCUCCUGCUCCUCCUCACCUGCACCGUGCUGUUCCUCCUGUCCUCGUACCACCACCCGCUCUGGGGGCCCCGCCACCCAAUCAGGGCCUCAGUCAACAAGUACCUCUCCCUGGCUGAGUCCAUGGAGGCCACAAACCUGCAGGACCCAGCGCUGAAUUAUGGGGUGGUGGUGGACUGUGGCAGCAGCGGCUCCAGGGUCUUUGUGUACUACUGGCCCCCCCACAAUGGGAACCCCCACACCCUGCUGGACAUCAGGCAGAUGAAGGACCGUGAGAGGAAGCCUGUGGUCAAGAAGAUCAAACCUGGUAUCUCCACCCUGGCCCAGACCCCCGAGAAAGCCAACGUCUAUCUCCAGCCGCUGCUCAACUUCGCCGCAGCCCAUGUACCCAGGGUCAAGCACAAGGAGACCCCGCUCUACAUCCUCUGCACUGCUGGCAUGAGGCUGCUGCCGGACAGCCAGCAGGCAGCUAUCCUGGAGGACCUGGUCACAGACGUGCCCAUGGAGUUUGAUUUCCUCUUCUCUCACUCCCACGCUGAGGUCAUCUCCGGGAAGCAGGAAGGUGUGUAUGCAUGGAUUGGCAUUAACUUCGUUCUGGGCCGGUUUGAUCACGCGGAGGAGGAGGAUGCCACUGUGGAGGUCACAACGGGGUCAACGCACCAGCAGCCAAUCAGCCGGCGUCGUACUGUGGGCAUCAUGGACAUGGGCGGGGCUUCUCUCCAGAUAGCCUAUGAGGUUCCCAGUGCAGUCACCUUCAGCUCCCCACAAGAGGAGGAGGCGGGGAAGAGUCUGCUGGCGGAGUUCAAUCUGGGCUGUGAUGUGGACAAGACCCAGCACGUGUAUCGCGUCUACGUCACCACCUUCCUGGGCUUCGGAGGCAACAUGGCCCGCCAGAGGUACGAGGACCUGGUGGUGAACAGCACGCUGGCCAGCAACAGGCUGCUGGGGUCCCAGACCGGCCUGAGCCAGGACAACCCCUCCCUGGACCCCUGCCUGCCACUGGGCCUGUCGGACACGGUGGCCCGAGACGGCCGCACCCUGCACCUGCGGGGCCAGGGGGACUGGAGCCGCUGUCAGAGCGCCGUCCACCCCUUCCUGGGCCUCCACAACGGGACCAUGUCCCCCAGGGGAAUCUACCAGGCUCCCAUUGACUUCAGUAACAGCGAGUUCUACGGUUUCUCAGAGUUCUACUACUGCAUGGAGGACGUGUUGAGGAUAGGAGGAAUGUACGACAGCCUCAAGUACGCCCGGGCCGCCACGGAUUACUGCGGAACACAGUGGUCGACCCUGAAACAACGGCUGGAGAGCAAGCUUUUCUCCCAGCAGGCCGACGUUACCAGACUCAAGUACCAGUGCUUCAAGUCGGCCUGGAUGUACGAGGUGCUGCAUUCGGGCUUCCGCUUCCCCAAGGACUACCCCAGCCUGAAAACCGCCCAGCUGGUCUACGACAAGGAGGUCCAGUGGACCCUGGGAGCCAUCCUCUUCAAGACGCGCUUCCUUCCACUCAGGGACCUGCAGCAGGAGGUGUUCCGGCAGAGCCACCCCAGCUGGCUGCGCUCCUCCUUCCUCUACAACCACCACCUGUUCUCCGUCUGCGUGCUGGUGGUGCUGCUGGCCAUCCUGCUGUACAUCCUGCGCCUGCGGAGGAUCCACCAGAGAGAGCAGAGGCAGUCCGAGGUCCUGGACCUGCUCUGGGUGGAGGAGGGGGAGGCCCUGCUGGCCUGAGGGGGAGAGAGAGAGAGAGAGAGAGAGGGGAGAUAGACAGAGACCCUGUUGGACUGGUGGGAGAGAGACCCUGGGUGAAAGAGGAGAGAGAGAGGGGAGAUAGACAGAGACCCUGUUGGACUGGUGGGAGAGAGACCCUGGGUGAAAGAGGAGAGAGAGAGGUUCUGGCUAGCGCAAAACACUAGCCAGAAUGUCUUCUCAUCGCAGCUUUGAAGACCUCACUGAGCCAAAUUCAAAUAUUGGAGGUUCAUUCCAUUUACAUGUAGUAUUGUCCUUUUUGUGCUGUUUUUAUUUUUUUGGUAAUGUCUAUUGCUAACGUGCUCAACCAACUUGGAUGAGAACAGGAAAUCCUGUUUAAUUUACUGUUUUAAUUAAGUAUUUAUAUGCAGAAGAGUUUACCUCAAACUGUUCACAUCAAUAUACCAAAGGGGGCUGUGGAUCAGUUCUUGCUAACACAUUUCAAAGAGACCUCUGAGAUCUUGUAAACAUAGGAAAAAGUAAAAGAAAGUUCAGGCCAGAUCUGUUUGGAUUUUAUAUUCCCUCUCGGUUGGUUUUCCAAGCGGGGAAUAUGUUCAGACAUAUUCUAGCCCCUUGGCGUCAGUCCAAUAGCGUUUAUCCUGUGGUGUCCCUUUAAGGCUCUAUACUGUUAUAUAAAUAGACUGAUCGUGUUGGUUUGCUAAUGAAGGACAAAUGGUGACUUGCAAGGACCAGCCCCCCGUCCCCGUCCCCUAUGGCAACAUUUAAACUGUAUUUCCUCAUUUCCAAAUUGCUUGAUUUCACAAUGUGUGAAAGAUCAUGAAAUUUCAUUGAGCCAUUCCAUAAUUGUCAGCUUGCUACUCGAUGCUGCUACACCUCUAAUCAAACCAGAGACCCAGGGAGGGUGUCUGGUGUAGGCCAAGGGUUAAUCGCCAACACAGGAAACCCUCCAUUAAGUCCCUGUUUGUGGAUGACCAAUAAGCAGGAGUGCAUGGCACCAAAUUAAGUUAUCCUGCUUAGUAUUUGGAAAUUAGCCAAAAUGUCCACCAUGUUAAUGAGAACCAUUUGUGUACUGUAAAGACAUACAUUCCGUGACUGAUUGGAGAGCUGUGUCAAAAACUCAAGAAUUGUAAGACUGUUGUAGAUGUGUGUAUUCAACGCCGGUUCUCUGAUGGAACGCUGGUACACAGCGGGGGGGGGGGGGGGGGGCUUGAACAAGCAACCCCAGGAUUGGAAACUUAUUGGCUCCAACUGCCAAGGAAAACGACUGAAAUUGGUUGGGACGUUUGGGUCGUUGGUUGAAGUGUUCUCAAAGCGCUGGGAGUGAGGUACACCCUGGAGGUCGCCCGUCACUCCCGUACUCCACACAUUCGACAAACUGCCCUUUUCAUUUUUUCCUCCAUCUUUGGUUCCUCUGGCUGUGUGUGAUAACCGGUGGUCACUCCUGCGAUUCAGACGCCUCGUAUCUUCAACCACUUAGACUAAGUAAUGUGAGACUACUGACAGACCUGGAGGUGGUCUGAGGAAGAAGACGCGUGUACGUCUUGCCUCCUCCAGAAUUCGGUGGGGUGUUUUAAUGUUUGAAAGCGACAAUCUUGCAGCUCCUAUUGGACAGCAUGACAAGUCCUGGCCAAGUAGUUAAGGGAUGUCUGAACAGAGCUGGGCAUUGUGCAAUCUUAAAGACUAUUACAUUGGAAAUGACUUGAUUUUUUGUCCUUCUCUGAUUGAUGCAAUAUUGCUUAAUUUCAUGUGAAAAAAAUACAAUAAAUCCUUGCUUUUUCAUAAAUACGAAUGUCAUCUUUGGGGGUUUUGUUUAUUUGACCCAGUUUAUUUUCUCUUCAACUGGUUUAACUGGGGAUGAGGGCCAUUUAAAUCAAUGGGGAAACGACUUCCAACGUAAAACGUUUAACCCCCCUGACACGCUGAAGUGUUGCUGGGUUGGCGUG